AUGAACUUUAGUCUUAAACUUUGUCUAACUUUCCUCAUAUUAGUCGGGACUGCGUCGAUGAUAAUAUCGUUCGCUUAUUUGAAUCUCUACGUACCAACCUCCAUCAAACGUAUCGUUGAGGCCGCCACUAAAAGUGACGUCAUAUCCGGCAAGCGCUUGUCUUUCCUGGAAGAGCAUUAUCGAAAGACUAUGUCGUUGGACGAGGCUAAAUGCUCAUGCAAAGAAGGUGGCGAUGCUGACAGGAUAUAUUUCGGCAGUUCCUUACAGGAAUACGGCCAGCGAGGAAGUCUGGACAGGGAGGAAUGGGAGAAAAAACAAGAAGAGGAGCGAGAACCGAUCGUAGUUUGUCCAUCCCUUUCCCCGCUUGAGUACGUUGGUGGCGGUAUAACGGUAGAACCCAAGAAAUAUGUGCGAUUGGUUGGCCUCAACGCCCAUGAGAGUUUGAUAUCAUCCACCAUUGAGGGCGACAUUGUCAUCACGUUUACAUCUCUGAAAGAAUUCGGCAAGAUUUUCAUCGAAACUCCGGAAUAUUACAAGGAUUUUGUUUCCACAGAAAACAACGUGCAAAAAAGCGCCACCAUGCGGGUUAAACGAGAUUUAACAUUAAUCAAUAUUAUGUUGAAAAACGUCCAAUAUUACAGUUCAUACUAUGACGUCAACCACCGCGAUGUUGUGGAAAUCAAAGUGUUAAAUUUUGUUCUUCACGUUCAUGUUCAUAUUCAGCGAAAGAAUCCACCGCGAUUGUACGACCCCGGUCCUGAUAACCACGUGAGCCGAAAGGUUACCGUGAUCACAGCCAUACACAAUUACGUCAAAGUCCGAACACUUUUAGAAAGCGUGCGCAAAUUCUAUCACAACACCACGAUCAUUGUUGCUGAUUACACGCCCCCUACCGAGACCCAGAAACUGAACAUGUCCGGUGUCAAACAGUAUUUUCUGCCGGAAAAACACAACAAGUUCGCCGCUAUGAGUUUAGCCAUUAGUCAGGUUCGUACCAAAUACUUUCUCUACCUCGGUGACGACAACGUAUUCACCGAACGCACGGAGCUUGAACUUUUCGUAGAAAAGCUCGACGAUACCACCGAGAGAUUGGACGUCGUCGGCGGGUUCUUCGUCGAUGAGAACGGCGAAAUUGUGGACGGCGACCGACUGUAUAUGCGCUUUGAGAGUGCGACUGGCGGUAUGGAUGGGGACUGCAUGCACUUGAACUACGGCAGUUAUCGAGCCUUAGUGACGUUCCCUCAGUGUGUUGUAGUCGACGCCGUCGGAGAAUUCUUCAUGGGAAAAACACUACCAUGGUGGGACGUCAGCUUCGACCCGAACAACCUUUCGCUGGGUUUGACAUCCGUGUUCAUGGAAGCCCUAGGAAAGCUACGCAUCGCUCUUUGUACCGACGCGACUGUUCAGAACACAGCGGUAUAUGACACUGAGGACCACGUCGAUAGCGGCGUAUCUGUGCACUCAGCUGCCAAGGAUUUCAUGUUUAAAACCAAUUUACACUGUUUCACGAUUUAG